UCUAUUCGGAAAAGUUUCUGCUUUGGUAAAACCGACAAUUUAUUUACAUUAACCAACACAUUGAAAUUCUAUAUUCGAGCAGUGAUUGGAUGGAAAGAUGUAUUGCUUUUAUCCGGCGGGCUAUAAAACAACGUGUUUUCUUACUCAAUAACAGUAUUUUUCAGUCAGCACUGAAGAUUUCCUAACAAGGUGCAUUAGACAAUCAAAUUAUUAUUUUACUUGUAUUACAUUGGCUACGUCAGCAGAUUAGAACGUAAUUAUAUCGUCUUUUCAUUCAGAUGUCCAUUGAGAGAUUUAAGUCGCUUAAUGUAUUGUCAGCCUCUGAGCUAAAACAGUUGUGUCGAGAUGCUCAAAUGAAGGUGUCUGGUACGAGGCGGGAGAUGGUUUUGCGCCUACUUGGCAUAAAAGAUGUGAAGACCAGAAUUUCCAUGAAUACUGUUAACAGAAUGCUUGAAAAAGAAGGCGUCACGAAUAUCAGUAGCGUCAGCAGAUGUCUUCGAGUAGGAAUCCGGAUGGGUUACAUUGACAUCAGCGGUGACAAACCUUUGGACAAUGUAGUAAUUUCCGAUGCGUGCUUUCUUUGUCAUCAUAAACUAGAAGUGGCCAUCCGGGACCUCCUCUACCAGCCAGAUCAUCCAAGAUAUGGGUCCACUGGUCUGGACGCAGCUGUGAAAUGUCCGAACAAAACGUGCAAACAUGGCUUGUAUGUGACCGGCAUGUGUUGCGAUUCUAUGUACAUUAACUCUGGUGAGAAGUUCUUCCAUUUUGGCGAAUGUUACGGAGAUUAUCUCAAAGAGGUCUGUGAAGGAUGCUGUUGUUCUUUUUACUCAUGUAGAGGGCGCUUCCAGUGCCCAUGUGUAUAUACGGGUACGGAUUACGGCACCUUUGAUGAGGCCUUUUUCGAAUCGCUUUAUUCUUCUAGAGCUAGAGAGUAUUCCCCAGAAGAUAUAUAUAACAUAAUGUACAACGACAACUAGGGAUACAAAAGAUAUACGAGAGUUUUAUAAUACAUGCUUUUCUAGAUUUUUUAUGCCUCUUUGAUCGUUUGUUUCUCUACGAUGUUUUAUGUAUUUUUAACAAGGGCAUAUAGGCAUAGACUGUGAAGCAUAUUUUUAUGUAUAAUUCUUGGAGUUUAGAUAUUUGAAUUGCUAUUCUGCAUUGUGUUAAAUAAAUUGUGUA